AUGGACGCCAAGCAGAUCAAGCGCCGGCAAAUGUCGGGCCACCAGAUGUCAUCGCUCCUGCAUCCUACCCACGGCCUGCGGGACGAGCUCAUCCGCCGCGGAGAGACGCCCAAGGAUCACGGAAGGAUCAACUACCAUCGUAUCAAGGAGAUGGAGAGGGCCAAUCAUGAGAAAAAGCAGCAAGAGCAGGUACCGCCACCCCAGCCCUUCAAGCUCAAAAAGUUCGACGCCGUCAAGGCCAAGCUGGACACCCGCCGCAGCUCGGCCCCCGGCUCGCCGACAGCAAGCGGAACGCCUGAAUCGUCACGACCAUCCACGGCGGCAUCAUCCUCGACGACGGCCUCGCAAAAGAACUUUAUUCGAAUCAACUCGCUCCGAGCAAAGAACAUGACUCCGUCCCCCAGUCCAACUGUCGAGCCUGUUGCUCCCGAUCGAAAGCUUCGUCUCGGACAGGUGCCAAAGUACUUGAUCGAGCGGAAGAUGGUGUGGGCGGAUCAAGAGCUGCAGCGCCUCGAGAGUCUGAAGAAGGAGGAGGUUCCUGAAGGGAUGAUUCAAAUUAGCGACUUCCAAAGAACAGAGACCCUCAGACAUCUUCAGCGCCGCAAACAAUCCCUGGUCGCCGAGCUCAAUAACUUGCCCGUGAUUCUCGAGACGCUUCGGAUGAAGAAGAAGAAGCAGGAGAUUGAGACGGAGCUGGAGGAGACCGACCAUGCCAUCGAUACGUUCUCAAAACCCAAGGUGUUUGUUCGUCGGAGCGACACCGAUGAAGCCAUCGAUGUGACCGCGGCUGGGACAAGCGCAUCGACAGCAGAGAAGGAAAACACUGGGCGAGACCCCUCUUACGGAGACUUGAUUCACGGAGCCGUUGGCACAUGGAGCGGCUACGAGGGCCGCACCGUCAUCCCAAAGCAACCCGAGGCAACCACCAGGCUCGGCGGCAAACCCAAGCUCGGUCCGUCAAAAUCCAUGCCCGUCAUGAAACACCGCUUCGCGUAG